UUAUAUAUUUUCGAAGACGCAAGAGUGCUGAAAUAUGUGUGUGUGUGUGUGUGUGUGUGUAUAUAUAAUUGCCGAGAAGAAACCCCACGACUCAGCUCCCAAAAAGAGUAGACCAAGAAAAAAAAAAGGAAGAAAAAAGGCCAUGACAGUUGAAGAAGCAGCAGUGGACGAUUACACGAGAGAUGGAACAGUGGAUCUUAACGGAAAUCGUGUCCGAAGAUCCCAGAGAGGCGGCUGGAAAGCUUGCUCUUUUGUUGUCGUGUAUGAGAUAUUUGAGAGAAUGGCGUAUUAUGGGAUAUCGAGCAAUCUGGUGAUAUUCAUGACGACGAAGCUGCACCAGGGGACGGUGAAGUCGGCGAACAACGUGACGAACUGGGUCGGAACGAGUUGGCUCACUCCCAUCUUGGGUGCUUACGUGGCAGACGCCCACCUCGGACGCUACCUCACCUUCGUCAUCUCUUGCGCUAUCUAUUUCUCGGGGAUGUUACUGCUGACGUUAUCAGUAUCACUCCCGAGCCUGAAGCCACCGGCUUGCACCGUUGAGGACUGCCCGAAGGCUUCGACGUUGCAACUGGCCGUCUUCUUCGGCGCACUCUACACACUGGCCGUCGGAACAGGCGGCACCAAACCGAACAUUUCCACCAUCGGAGCCGACCAGUUCGACGACUUCCACCCUGUCGAAAAAUCUCACAAAUUAUCCUUCUUCAACUGGUGGAUGUUCAGUAUCUUCUUCGGCACCCUCUUCGCCAACACUGUCCUCGUCUACAUCCAGGACAACGUGGGAUGGGCAUUGGGAUAUGGUCUUCCGACAAUGGGUCUUGCCAUUUCCAUUACCAUAUUCUUGCUGGGAACUCCUUUCUAUAGGCAUAAGGUUCCAACCGGCAGCCCUUUCACGAAGAUGGCACGUGUCUUUGUCGCUUCACUUCGCAAAUCCGCUCUUUCUUUACCUUCCGACACAACCCUCCUCCAUGAACUCCCCCUCGAACAUUACGCCUCCAAAAACGCCUUCAUAAUCCGACCCACUCCCUCUCUCAGAUUCCUGGAUAAAGCUUCGGUGAAAACAGAGCAAACGCACCAAUGGAGUCUCUGCACAGUGACAGAAGUGGAAGAGACAAAACAGAUGCUGAGGAUGUUACCCAUCCUGUUCGUGACUUUCGUCCCGAGCGUGAUGCUCGCCCAAGUCAACACCCUCUUCGUGAAACAAGGCACCACCCUCGACCGGAGCCUCACCCCUCGCUUCAGCAUCCCUCCCGCCAGUCUCGGCGCCUUUGUCACCUUCUCCAUGCUCGUCUCCAUCGUCCUCUACGACCGUUUCUUCGUCAAGAUCAUGAGAAAACUCACCGGAAAUCCACGUGGCAUCACCCUCCUUCAACGCAUGGGCAUCGGCCUCGUCCUUCACAUUGUCAUCAUGACCGUCGCUUGUCUCACCGAACGGCACAGGCUUAAGGUCGCGGCAGAGCACGGGCUCGUUAACCAGGCGAAGUCAACACUGCCCUUGACGAUCUUCGUCUUGCUCCCUCAGUUUGUGUUGAUGGGUAUGGCUGACGCGUUUCUUGAAGUGGCAAAGCUCGAGUUUUUCUACGACCAGGCGCCCGAGAGCAUGAAGAGUCUCGGGACAUCGUAUUCGACCACGACUUUGGCUGUCGGGAACUUCCUGAGCAGUUUCUUGCUCUCCACAGUAUCGAAGAUAACGGAGAGACGUGGAAGAGGCUGGAUUCUAAACAAUCUGAAUGCAUCCCGGCUCGAUUAUUAUUACACGUUCUUCGUGGUUCUGAAUCUGGUGAACUUCGUGCUGUUCUUGGCCGUGGUUCGGUUUUAUAGAUACAGAGCCGAGGCAUCGGAUUCCAUGGAUGCCAACCAGGAACAACUCAAGGUGAUGGGUGCGAAGGAAAAUGAACAAGAACCUGGAAACAAGGCCUAAAUGUCUUUUUGUUUUAUCUGUACGGAAAGAUUCACCUUAACAUAUUUCGGAAAAUUUCAACAAAAACAGAAACUAAAAAGGGAAUGAUAUGAGCUGAUGAGACAUUUUUAAGAUUAAGUCAUUAAACACA